AUGAGGAAGCCCAGUAUUAACGAGAGAGUUGGGUACUAUUCCAGCUGGACAGCCAUCGAAUAUUACAUGUUUAGGAGACUCUCAAAGAUAUUACAUCCACUCAAUAACAACAACAGCAGUGCUAAGGUCCAGUUCUCGUUUCACAAAGGUGAAAACAAUCAAUUCUUCCCAUACUUGUGCUCAGAUAUCUAUCAUGAUGACCAAGAUAUAACAGAUUCAACAACCAUUGGUGACCAUAAUGAUGGUUUUAAAGUCCAUGAUCAACAACAAAUGAAGAUUUGUCAAGUCAACAUCCAUUCGAAAUCAAGUUCUGGUGUAUUAAUCAUUUUAAGACCCUUGGAUUCAGAUUUAUUAAAAGAAUUGGAAUCACUUUUGGACUCAAUUCAAAAUGAUCAAUCAAUCAAUCCUAUAAGGUUGAAAAUAAGCAAAGUAUCAAUUCCAAAAGAUGUGGAGCUUGAAACAAUUUUGAAAUAUUUAUUGAAAAAUCCACCAAAAGAGUUCAAUGUUACAUCUACAACAUUAGGUAAUGAUGAACUUUCCCUGUUCACAAUCGUCAAGAAUGUUGACGAUGACAUUAAAGAUGUUUUAAAGUAUCACAAUCAGCUCAAAUUAAAACCACUUAGGUCAAUAUUGAAUUCAUAUGAUGUUGAACAUAUUGUUGAUAAUUCUAGAUUUAUUGAAUUUCAAGAACAAUUACCUUGUUAUAGUGAAUUUGAAAAUGGAUUAAAGCUUCCAAAGUAUGAAAUGACUUGA